CAAAAAGAGUAAAGUUGUCUGUGAACAAGAAAAUGUUGAAAUAUUUAAUUUAUGCAUAAAUUAACAAGAUCUUGUUUUGCAUUACCGUCAUUGAGUAACCAGCGACUUCCGAGCAGCUCAAGUCUUAAAAAUACCUUCCACGUUUGCCAAUGCAAUAGGGACAGUGAAAAAUGUUGAGAAGGUGUUUUCUGCGGCGCUGCAGUUUGAGCAUAUUAAUCACUUCAGUAAUAACAUUUAUAAUAUUUACGGCUUGCUUGUACCACUAUGAGUACAAAUCCAUGGUGGACGCUGGUUGGAAUUUGCCCAGUGCGAACGAUACACGUACUCCAAAUCCACAGUACUCAUUCGCAGCACGCGUAAAAGAAUGCUGUAAAGGAGAGCAGCAAGAAAAAGGUGAAACGCAGGAAGUUAUGGAACCUUUAAAAAUGCUCGGUGUGAUACGAGACAGGAAAGACAAAUAUAUACGAGAUAUAGGUUUUAAAAAUCACGCCUUUAAUGCACUCAUUUCAAACAAUAUUGGUCCUUACAGGGAGAUACCUGAUACACGUCAUAAAAUUUGUCCUCGAGAACCCACCGGUCCAAAUGAAAUUCUACCGACAAUAUCAGUGAUCAUGUGUUUUUAUAAUGAACAUAAAAUGACACUUAUACGUUCAAUUAACUCUGUAAUUAAACGUACUCCAGCACAUAUAUUAAAGGAAAUUAUACUGGUAGAUGACUUUAGCGAUCUGCCUGAAUUAGAAUUUCAUCUGUUAAGCGAUUUACAUGCCCAACUACAUUAUGACCGAUUGCAAUAUAUACGAAAUGAAAAACGCGAGGGCUUGAUACGUUCCAGAAUUGCUGGCGCGCAUGCUGCGGAAGGUGAAGUACUCGUUUUUCUGGACUCACACAUAGAAGUUAAUCAACAGUGGGCUGAACCGCUUGUGCGCGCUGUGAAACAAGAAAAUUCAACUAUUGCAGUACCAGUUAUGGAUCUGAUAAGUCCUGAUACCUUUGAAUAUAGUUCUAGUCCUCUAGUACGUGGCGGUUUCAAUUGGGGUUUGCAUUACAAGUGGAUUACUUUGCCGAAAGGCACAUUAAAAAAGGAUGAAGACUUUAAAGGGCCAUUCAAAACUCCUACAAUGGCUGGCGGUUUAUUUGCCGUUAAUCGACAGUAUUUCAAAUACAUUGGCGAGUAUGAUGAAGGCAUGGAUAUUUGGGGUGGUGAGAAUAUUGAAAUAUCUUUCCGUGUCUGGCAGUGUCACGGAUCUAUAAAGAUAUAUCCUUGCUCGCGUGUAGGACACAUUUUUCGUAAACGUCGCCCCUAUUCAGCGCCUGAUGGCAAGGAUACAAUGAAACGCAACUCUUUACGUGCAGCACACGUAUGGAUGGAUGACUAUAAAGAAUAUUUCCUGAAAGAAACAAAUUCUGCACGCGACAUGGAUUAUGGCGAUAUAUCUGCACGUGUUGAGCUACGCCAGCGUCUAAAAUGUCAUGACUUCGCAUGGUACAUGAAAAAUGUCUAUCCCGAAAUGCAGCUACCCGGUCAGGAAACGAAAAAGACAGCGUCUGCAGCAGGUGUUUACCAACCCUGGCAUUCAAGGAAACGUAACUACAUUGCUACAUAUAUGAUGCGCUUGACGGGCACAAAUUUAUGUGCUUCUGUUGUGGCGCCAAAAGUAAAGGGUUUUCUCAAAAAAGGCAGUCCAAUAAUGUUACAAACCUGCAUGCGUACACGCAAUCAAAUAUGGUAUGAAACAGACAAAGCUGAAAUAGUUUUAGACAAAUUACUUUGUUUAGAGUCGUACGGUGAUGCACAGGUGCACAUAAAUAAAUGUCAUGAAAUGUUAGGCGACCAACAGUGGCGUCACACUCGCAACGAACACAGUCCAAUCUAUAAUAUGGCCGCAGGCACUUGUAUGCGCGCUAAAGGAGCACUCGUAGGGGCGCGCAUUGUAUUGGAUUUAUGUUCAAAAGACGAUGCCAGUGCAUGGGAUAUUGUUAAGGUGGAGGAAACAUCGUGAGAAUUGCGCAAAAUGAAAGUAAGGGAAUUACGUUAAUGGGAGAAAACUGUAAAACAAUUAUGCGAAACACGCACAUACAAACUAAACCAUAACAUGUCAGGCGCCACUAGUUGUGCAAUCUGGAAUUUUAGACUGAUAUUCACAGCAGCAAUAUAGUUAUUAUACAAAUAUAUACAUACAUAUAUAAGAUAUAAGGUAAAACUUAAUCAUAAAUACUCGUAGAUAUAUGUACAUAUAUAGUGCACUUCAUAACUGCAGAUCAUUUUUAUUAUUGAAAAAAAUAUGUUUUUAAAACUUAGAGUAAAGAAAUUAGUUAACAUUUUGUGUUUAUUAAGAAACUGAAAAUAAGUUAUGUUAAUAAAUUUUUUUUUUUAACAUUAGGAAUAUCUAAACAAUGCUAAGAAGGGCUAAAAGGUUUUAAAUUUUUAUCUUUAAUUAACAACUUUUUUGCUGCUUUUUUUUUGUGAUUUACAGUUAUAAAUUGUACUAUAUUGUUAAAAGUUUACCAAGUAUUUCGUUUGCAUUAAUUUUUUUACAAAUGAAGCGAAUGCAAUAUGUAAAGUUAACUGUUGUCUGCACGUAUUAAGCUUCCUAUAACUUUGUUUUUGUAAGUUUUGUAAGCAUAGAAGACAAAUUGUGUAAAAUUAACGCAUAGCUGAAAUAAAAAUUGCAAAAAACGUGAAUUGAAGUGUAUGUAAUGAUGUAUAUUUCCCAUUUAUAUAAUUUAAACUACGGUUUUUUUUAAGUGAUUUAAGAAUACCAUUUUAUUUUGUAUUUUUUUUUUUUUACAUACGCAUAGUCUAAUGCUUUACUAAAAAAUGGUACUUUUUCGAUAAAAUGUAUAAGUUGCUUGAUACUUCUACUAUUGUACACACAUACUUAGAUAUCUGUUUAAAAAAAUUUUAAAAUUCAAUUUUAAAUAGCCAGUUUUUAUUUAUGUAUAUUUCAGUGUAAUAUUGAGACGUAAAAUAUUUGAGGAUAGUGUUUACUAAUACUGGGGGACAAAAAAAGUCAUUAUAAAAAUAAAAGUAAAUGAGAAAAAUCAAAAAAAAAAACAAUUUGAUAAAUUUUAAAAAUUCAAGCUUUAUGCUAUUGCUCAAAAAAACAUAGUAGGUUUUAGCCAUAUUUAGAAAUUUUAAUAGUUUAGGUGAAAAGUAUUUACCGCUACAACAACAACAUGAAAAAUAUCUAAUCUUUUUGUUUGAUAUCAGAUACUACAUUUUCACCGAAUUUACUUUCACGUGUCGAUAAUUUGAAAAAAAAGAGGUAGGAUGCUGUUUUUGGGCGGAUCAUUGAAGGUGGAUAAUCUGAAGAGUUUUGAAAAAUUUUUUAAAUUUAAUUUCAUAUUCGUUGAAUAGUUCAUAUUAAUUAUUUUCUAAAAAAUGCAAGUAAUUUGUUUUCAAUUUUGUUAGAAGAACACAUUUACCAUUUUGUGAAUCUUUUAAACCCAUGAUCAUGUUUUCAAAUGCUUUCGAGAAUUGUGCCAAAAAUUAGAAAAAAAAAAAAAAUAAAAUAAACUUGACUGUGUAAUCAAUAAA